AUGGUAAAAUGUUGGUAUAUGGACGAUCGACAAGAUGAUCCACAAGAUAAUCAUCUAUUAAAAGAUAUUGAUACGGCGACACUAUGUAAUCGUACAGGUGUUCAAGUAUGGCAGUUUCAAGCAGAUCAAAUUCUUGUCAAUAAUGAUUGUCCAUCAUUGCUAAAACUUAAACAAGAUCGAGGAUAUACAUAUGAAGAUGAAAUCACAAUCGAACCAUCCAUGGAAAAAUAUGAUGAAAAAUUAAAAAUGUUUCGUAUUGAACAUAUUCAUUCUGAUGAAGAAAUUCGUCUUGUACUCGAAGGUUCUGGCUUUUUUGAUGUACGUGAUUGUGAUGAUAAAUGGGUGAGAAUUCAUGUUUUUCCUGGUGAUUUACUUAUGAUACCAGCUGGCAUGUAUCAUCGAUUUGUACCUGAUAAACAAAAUUUUAUUUAUGCUAGACGUUUUUUUGUUGGUGAACCUGUAUGGACACCAAUUAAUCGACCCAUUGGUGAUACACAUCCAUCUCGUAUGGCUUAUAUCAAAAGCAUCAAUCAUAAAGAUUAA